CCAUACUUUCCAACUACACGAAAUUGGUACAUUGGGCCAUUUUGUUGAAUAGAAUGGCAGAUAUUGCUGUAAAUGAGAAUGAAGUCGCUCCUUACAUAACGAAAUCUCCAACGAAGUUUCGUGAGAAUUUUUGGGGAUAUGAAGAUGCGGGCAUGGAUGCUCUUAUGUCUCGGACAAGAAAUUCUCUUUCCACAUUAGAGGUGAUUAACAGGUUCUAUUCCAGAAGGGCUGCUAUUGAGAGAGAAUAUGCUUUAAAAUUAAACGAACUAGUCUCGGAAACUCCAAAGCUGGCAGAAUAUGGCACUACAUAUCAGAAUAUGGAAUCUUUAAAAACAGAGACAAGUAAUAUGUCUCAAGCUCAUAAUGAAGUUUCUGGUCAAAUUGAAAAAGAGCUUCUCGAAAAAGUAAAUACCUAUAUUUCUCAAACUCAACAACAGAAAUCCCUAGCCACAGAUGCCAUUGAAGAACUUUAUCAACAAAAGACAGCUUUGGAAAUUGAUCUUUCUGAAAAGUAUGAUGCCUAUGAGUACAGCGCUAAUAAGCUUAACUCAUAUUUAAAGUUAGCGUCGAAAUACUCUGGCCGAGAAUUGGACAAGCAUAAUCUUAAGGUGCGUCAAGCCGCGUUAACAGUCCAAAGGACUGAAAAAGAGUACCGUGAAACUAAUAGUCUCUUACGGACAGUCACCCAAGACUGGGUUGAUAGAUGGACUGAAAUUUGCGAUGCUUUUCAGCAUAUUGAAGAGUAUCGACUUGAGUUUCUGAAAACAAAUAUGUGGUCAUAUGCAAACAUUAUUUCGACCGCCUGUGUCAGAGAUGACGAAGCUUGUGAACGUAUUCGACUUACUCUCGAGAAAACUAAUGUAGCCAAUGACAUUACUUUGCUUAUUCAAAAGGAGUCAACCGGUACAAACGUACCAUCUCUUCCUGAAGAACACAACUACUUUAAGGAGAAUGGAAUACAGGUCGAUCUUAAUCAAAUUGCUUCCAAAGCUCCCAGCCUUUAUCGUGCUAGUUCAAGGGCUGGUUCUUCUGCUUUGCUGUCUGCAUCUCCGCAUAUGUCAUCUCCUAGAAUCAAAAAAUCCGACUCCUUUUCAUCCGAACUUGCUUCCCCUCCUACUUCUCCUUUUUCUGGUAAAAUGCAACCCAUGAGUUUUGAACAGUCCUUAUCUCCCGAAAUGACAUUUAGCGUUCCUGAACUAAGAAAUGAUUCCCAGAGAAACUCCGAGUUUAAGGAAUCUCCUUCGGUACCGUCUUUAACUACUGUCCCAACACAAACCACUGAAGUAGAGACGAACAAGUUUGAACUUGGUGAACCAUCUUCGCCUUUAAUUGUUCCUACUAAGCCAAUUGAACCAGUUGUAGAAGAUAGAUCUUCAAAAAAUGACCUGGAUGAUGCAAUCCUUGGGCAAGACUUCCCUCCUCCUUCUUUUAAUAGUAGAGUAUCAAGACCGUCGUUUUCCCGUCAUGGACAAGGCUCUCAAAGCAGUAUGGGAUCUAUUAAGCGGAAAUCAAUUAUGGAACGCAUGGGUCGCCCUACUUCUCCUUUUGUCGGAUCUACAUUUUCUAGUAUGCGAAGCCGUAGUAAUUCUCCAAUUAAAGACUCAUUGAAGGAGCCAGUUUCUCCAGCAAUUGGCUCAAGUCAUUCGGAUGAGAUGGAUGAGAUUGACCCCAGGGCAAACGUAGUGUUAAACGUUGGACCAAACAUGUUGAAGGUUGGCGAUGUUCCUGAACAACCCAAGGGUACUGAGGACAAAAGUAGCGAUCCAAUCGCGGAUGCAAUGGCUCAUCUGAGCAUGUCUGUAAGAAGACGUCAGUCUACUUCUACUGCUGGUGACAACACUGCAACUGCUAAACCUGCUUCAUCUAGUAAUCGUUUAAGUAUGCUUGGUUCUGGUUCGCACAAUCAAUCUUCUACUGAAGUGGAUGGCUUAGCUAAAAGAAGCUCCUUGGGAGCCCCUCCUGCUGCUCAUACUUCUGCUCAGAUGCAACGUAUGAGCAACAGUUUUGCAAAUCAAACAAAGCGUGUUUUUGGUGAAAAGCGCGGUGAUGUUCCUCUGAAGGACUCGCUUCGCCAUAGCAGAAGCAAUUUAAGUAGAUCACCAUCUCCCAUGCUAUCUAGAAGAAGCUCUGCUAUACGAAGUGGUGUACCAGAACGCUCUUCUUCAUCUUUAAGUAUGAGACAACAGGAAGUAAACCCUGUCAGUAGAAGCCGUGGACAAUCGCUGUCUGGACAAACUUCCCGACCUGCGUCUUCGCUUUCUAAUAGACCUCCAUCUCAGCUUUCGCUGCAACGGUCUGUGUCUCCGAAUCCCUUAGGACAUCACCGAAAAUCUUCCUCGAUUAUGAAUAUGCAGCGCUCUACUUCCCCGAAUCCUGUAAAUCGGUCGAGCGCGAAUUUUUCACACUCAAGGCCGUCCUCGGGAAUGGAUAUGAGAUAUAGUUCUUUAGGAGGAAGGUCAUCAAGGCAAUUGUUGGAGCGUACGCCGACAGGUCGCUCCCGAUCGCCUGCUUCCUCAAUAAGAAGCGGCUAUUCGAAAGCUGAACCUAGAGCUUCUUUCACAGCCGAAGGAGAACCUAUUUUAGGUUAUGUUAUAGCUCUGUAUGACUAUAAAGCCCAAAUUCCAGAGGAAAUUAGUUUCCAAAAAGGAGAUACCUUGAUGGUACUCCGUACGCAGGAAGAUGGAUGGUGGGAUGGUGAAGUUAUCAAUAUUAUGAAUCCUAAGAGAGGAUUAUUCCCAUCUAAUUUUGUGCAGACUGUCUAAUAAGGAAGACGUAAGGCGGCUACGUCUUUGUAUAAUUAUGUUGCGCGGUUUGGUAUCAUCUCAAGGUAAGAGGUGAUGUUGUUAUGAAGCAUUUUGAUAUAUGAUUGUAAUUUUGUCUCAUUUCAUUCUCUUUUAUUACGAUUCUUGAAAUUGGCUCAUCCUGGCGAUUAUCCUAUGUACCAUCAUAUAAAGAGAUUUAAUUAACCAUUUAUUAGGAGAAGAAUACAGUUAUAAUUUAGGUUGCCUUUUAGAUGGAAAACUUUGAAUAUAAUGUGUCUAUGGUAAA